CAUCAGAUUCCUCGAGAGACACUGUGGUCUUGAUAAUCAUUGGCCAUUGUUGUUUUCCUUCAAACAGUUAUUGUUUUGUGUAAACAUUAUAAAUGACGUCCAAACACACAAACAUGUUCAUAGACGAAAACGAAACGCCCGACUCGUGGUGGGUGUCGGCGGUGCUAAGGACCAUACGGACCGUCGCGUUUGUCUUCGACGUCAUCACGUUCCCGAUCCACCUCCUCGUCCAGAGACCUUGGAGGAAACGUGCAUUGUCAAGAAGAAUAAAGGCUCGUAUAAUAAGCAGUACCGAGAACAGCAUAACGAUUAGUCCGCUAACGCCACCCUGCGACCUGCACCUGCGUCUGGUCCGCGAUGGCGUCACCACCAUGGAGGGCAUGCUCCGCGCCGCCACCCAGCGCUGGGGGCAGCGGCCCUGUCUGGGUACGCGCGCCGUGCUCAGCGAGGAGGACGAACCGCAACCAAACGGACGAGUCUUUAAGAAGUUCAAAAUGGGCGAGUACAUAUGGCGGACGUACGCGGACGUAGAGCGUGAGGCGCGUGAGUUCGGCGCGGGGCUGCGCGCGCUGGGCUGCGAGCCGCGGCGCAACGUCGUCAUGUUCGCAGAGACGCGCGCCGAGUGGAUGCUCGCCGCGCACGGCUGCUUCACGCAGAGCAUCCCCGUUGUCACAAUCUAUGCCACACUGGGAGACGAAGCUAUCGCUCACGGCAUCAACGAGACCGAAGUGUCCACGGUCAUCACCACGCACGAUCUCCUGCCCAAGUUCAAGAAGAUUCUCACGAAGACGCCCAAAGUGGAGACCAUCAUCUACAUGGAGGACCAGCUCAAGCCGACCGACACGCAGGGCUUCAAGGAGGGAAUCAAGAUCGUGAGCUACAAGAAUGUCGUGGAACUCGGCAGGGAGUCUAAGAUCGAGAGCGUGCGGCCCGGCGCGGCGGACACGGCCAUCAUCAUGUACACGUCGGGCUCCACGGGCGUGCCCAAGGGCGUGCUGCUGUCGCACCGCAACAUGCUGGCCACGCUCAAGGCCUUCGCCGACGCCAUCCCCAUCUACGAGGGCGACGUGCUCAUGGGCUUCCUGCCGCUGGCGCACGUGUUCGAGCUGCUCGCCGAGAACCUCUGCAUCAUCGGAGGCGUGCCCAUCGGCUACUCCACUCCGCUGACGAUGCUGGACUCGUCCAGCAAGAUCAUGAAGGGGACGAAGGGCGACGCCACCACGCUGAGGCCGACCUGCAUCACCACCGUGCCGUUGAUAAUGGACCGCAUCAGCAAGGGCAUCACGGACAAGGUGAGUCGCAGCGGGGAGCUGGCCGCCGCCGUGUUCAAGUGGAGCUACAGCUACAAGCAGACCUGGAUGCGGCGCGGCUACGACACGCCCGUGCUCGACUACCUGAUAUUCCGCAAGGUGGGCGGGCUGCUGGGCGGCCGCGUGCGCCUCAUGAUCUCGGGCGGCGCGCCGCUGUCGCCUGACACGCACCUGCAGGUGAAGAUCUGCCUGUGCUGCUCCGUGGUGGCGGGCUACGGGCUCACGGAGACCACGUCGUGCGGCACCGUCAUGGACCCGCACGACCGCUCCACGGGCCGCGUGGGCGCCCCGGCCGCCGGCGCCCUGCUGGCGCUGCGGGACUGGGACGAGGGCAACUACCGCGUCACCAACAAGCCGCACCCGCAGGGCGAGAUCAUAAUCGGCGGUGACUGCGUCGCCGAGGGGUACUACAAGAACCCGCAGAAGACGAAGGAGGAAUUCAUCGACGCCGAGGGGAGACGCUGGUUCAAAUCCGGAGAUAUCGGGGAGCUGCAUGACGAUGGAUGUAUUAAGAUUAUUGACCGCAAGAAGGACCUGGUGAAGCUGCAGGCCGGCGAGUACGUGUCGCUGGGCAAGGUGGAGGCCGAGCUGAAGACGUGCCCCAUCGUGGAGAACAUCUGCGUGUACGGCGACAGCAGCAAGUCGCACACCGUGGCGCUGGUCGUGCCCAACGCGCCGCGCCUGGCCGCGCUCGCCCAGCGCCUGCAGCUGCCCGCGGGCGCCGACCCCCCCGCGCUGUACGCGCAGCCCGCGCUGGAGCGCGCCGUGCUGGCCGAGCUGGCCGAGCACGCGCGCAAGUGCGGCCUCGAGAAGUUCGAGGUGCCCGCCGCCGUCAAGCUGUGCACCGAGGUCUGGUCGCCAGACAUGGGGCUGGUCACCGCCGCCUUCAAGAUCAAGCGCAAGGACAUCCAGGAGCGGUACAAGGAGGACAUCAAGCGGAUGUACGCGUCCUGACCGCGCCCCGCACCCCCCGCCGCACACCCGGUAGACUCCUAAGGUUAUUUGUGUUACUAUUCAGGAAAUUAUAUUUUAGAACCAUUCAUUUCCAUCAUUACAUCUCAUAACACUCCUCCGGCAUGUCGGCACCGGCAGCUGUGUCGUGCAGUCGUCACCCAUUCCCGCGAGGCGCGACGUGGCUUGUCGACUCGACGAGUAGUGCGACUUGUGUUGUGUAAUUUUAGUACACGUGUAAAUUAACUCGAAAUUUGUAAUCGAAAUAAUUAGGCAAUUAUUUGAGUACGUUUUCGAUAGAACAUGUUGAUAAAAGUAUAUACCACAUAGGUAAUAUUCACCAUAGUAUCAGAUUUAAAUUGAGUUACUUUGGCCGUGGCCGUUCUAGUUAAUUGUGGUCGAGGGGCACUUCACGCUGUGUCCCCCGGGGGAUGGCCCCCGCUAUGUCUCCCCCGAGGGGACGGUCCCCGUUGUCCCCCCGGAGGGGGGGGGGGGCUGUCCCCCGAGGGGGCGGCCCCCGCACUACAUACUCAUAAUAUUAUUAGCUGUUAAAUAACAAAUCAUGUAAAUAUUAGUGUGCGUCUACAAUUAUUAUGUUAAUUUUUCAAUGUAAAAUGUUGAUAUAAUUAUAUCUAUGUAUUCGUGGCCUAGAAGUUCUCUUUACACAAUCUGUAUGUGCUUUGAUUAUUGUAAUACAUUUCAGAUAAUUAUAUUUAAAAUAGAAUCUUCCCCGUGAAGCUACGACUCCUCCCCCUCCCGUCUUAGUACCGCCACCACUAUUGUAACAUAAACCCUUAAUUAAUUCCUGUUCGAAUCCCUGAUGAAAGGUUCCCAAGUGGAGGACUCGCCAGUCAGCCGGUUGCUAAAGGAAAAAACAGAUGACUGAGUAAAAAUAUGUGGCCGCGAGGUUGAUACUGGUGCCCCGUGCUGACCCUCCGAGAGGCUCACUCUUCAUCUCUCCUGGAAUACUUACCCUCUCCCUGUCAAUGCGUAAUUCAAAUUACAAAUAAGUAACACAAGAAAUAAUACAAAUUGUCUACAUUAUGUAUUCAGAGAUAGAUUAUUAUUUUAACAUGUAUAUUUAGAAUAUUAUCAUUACUAAACUGGAAUUAUUAAAAACAUACUGGGAGUCAAUUUAAACAUAUAUUACUUUUUUCCGAGUCCGUCUCAUAUGUCGUAGUGUAGUUGGGAGGGGUCUAGUGUCGCGUAGUCAGUGGGUGCCCCCCACUUAUUGCAUAAUAGUUUAGAUCGUAAAUGGAUAAUUGUUUGUUUUUUUUUUAUGAUUUGGUGCGAAUAUUUGAUGUCGACUGUUGUUCUGUGGCGCGACGCGGAAAUCUCUCGUUAAACAUUUCAUUCUAUAUAUUGGAUCGUGUGUUGUAAAAUAUUCAGGAACAUUAGAGAGAGCAUGGGUCCGCGAGGCGCUGACGACAGUCGACAUGCAGAUGAUUAAGAGAAAUUGUUAUUUAGUUUUAUUGAUGAAUAAUGUAACGAAUAACAUCUGGUACUAGAGGCUAGUCAGUGUUACUUCGAACUAUAUAUAUAAUAUAUUACUUUGUAUUUAUUGUACGAAGCGUCACGGAGCAUUUUGUUUUUUGAGCGCAUUUUCUCCGCAUUUAGGUCUGACGAAUCGAUUCUUGUUCUGUCAAACUUUCUAGAUUGUUCUAAUAAGAAAUCUUGAAUUUGAUGUGAAAACUUUAGGUUUAUUAAAAAAAUUCUCAUAAAUAUUUUUGGUAAAUAGAUGAUGAAUUGGCGAUGUUAAUAAGGUGUCAAUAUAGGUUAAUAAGAAAUAUUAUUUAUUAGAAUCGAUUUCCUUUCGAAAUUCCUCCGUUGUGUGUAGUAGGCCUGGUGAGGCGACGCAAUAUUUUUCGAUGUGUAAAUUUGAGAUUAGAUAUAAAACGUAGGAGUUUUUUGCUCAUUUAUAAUGACUGUCUUAUUAUUUUCGUUGUUCUAGAAUUUAGAAUGAUGCAACUGAAAACCAAUUUUUGUAUUAUUUAUUCAAUAAAUGUUAAUAAAAUCAUA